AUGGCUGACAUUAUAAAUAAAGCUCGUAUCAGACAACGCUCUGUUGUCAUCACCCUAGUUGAUCUUAAGAAUGCCUUCGCCGAAAUCCAUCACAACCUCAUCCAAUCCGUACUUGACUACCACCAUAUCCCUGAUCAUAUAAAAUUUGUUAUAAAAACUUUAUAUACUGAUUUCCAAACCUCGAGAAUUACCUCUGAAUUCCGCACUCCUUUUAUGACAGUUGGCCUCUCUAGAUUCAAAAGCCCUUCAAUACUUACUGGUGAUACGUUUCGCCCAGAUUUGUUAUUAUCGUGCUCAAAUGGUUCCUUAUAUGUGGUUGAACUCACCACUGGUUAUGAGACAAACCUCAAAAACAAC